ACUGAACCAACAAGUUUUCCCUUGAAUGACAAGGUCAGGGUUAUCAUAGGACAGGGUACAGGAAAUCACUUCAUGACAGAAUCUGUUGAAGAGUUCCAUUUUGUGAAACCAAACAUCCUGGACAUAUCCCCAAGGCUGGGCCCACAUGCUGGUGGUACAAUUGUCACCUUGCUAGGAGAUUAUCUUGAUGCCGGAUCCAACAUUUCUGUGCAAAUUGGCAAAAGAUUCUCCUGCAUUAACCCACAAAGUAUCAAUGCUUCUGCUCUAAUUUGCAAGACAUCAGCUGUACCGCAGCCGAUAUCGCAAGCUUUGAAGGUCACCAUACAGAUGGAUGAUGCUGUGCUGCAAACAGCAGGUGUGACCUUCAAAUAUGUGGAGAACCCAAACAUCACCUGGGUGUCCAGAAAUAUGCUUAUCAGAAGUGGAGGUCUUCAGAUAAAUAUAUCAGGGGAGAACAUUCACAUUGUCCAGUUCCCUCAACUGAUCAUUUGGGCCAGUGGAAACAGCUCAUAUUUUGGUCCAUGUCAAAUCAGCAAUGGCACAACAACCAACAUGACAUGUAUUUCACCCAUGAUCUCAGAGUUGGACGAACAGUUUGAAGGAUUGCGAGAACUGGAUUUUGGUUUUGAUAUGGAUGGUGUAAAGUACCUUGAGCGGCUUACUACCUUGGGGCGGAUGAAAGUUUAUCCUGAUCCUGUUUUAGAAAAGUACAAGGAUGGAGAGAAAGUCCAUCAGCAUAAUCAUGAGAUACUGUUCAUCAAUGGUCAGAAUCUAGCACCUCUGAAGCACUAUGAUGUGCAGGUCAACAUUGGUAAAGAGGAAUGUGCGGUUACUUCAGUGCUCAGUACAGUGAUCACCUGCAUACCCCCACUAGCACAACCAGCUGCUACCAUUGGCAGUGGCUUUCCGGAAGUGACUGUAAAAAUUGGUCAGAAUUUAACUUUCACCCUGGGCAUUCUGCGCUAUGAGAAACAAGAGGAACUCUCCCAGGGAGGAGUUAUAGGAAUAGCUGCUGGUGUUUCUGUAUUUGUCUUUGUGACCUUGGCUGUCUGCAUCUUCUGUCUCAUUAAAUCUCGGCGGAAUGAUGACAUGAUGAAGAAACUGAGAAAAGAGAUGGAUCAGUUGGAGUCCCGGGUAGCAAAUGAGUGCAAAGAAGCAUUUGCAGAGUUGCAGACUGAUAUGAAUGAGCUAACCAGUGACAUUUCUGGUGGCUGCUCCAUCCCAUUUUGGGACUAUCGCACCUACUGCAUGAGAGUGAUGUUCCCGCCAGAAUGCAGUGACCAUCCAGUGAUUAGAGAGCUAGAGCUAGACUAUCAUCUGAGGGAGGAUACAGAGCGAGGAUUGAAAUUGUUUUUUAACCUCAUAAGAAACAAAACUUUCCUGCUCAUUUUUAUACGAACGCUGGAGGCAAACAAAGACUUCAGCAUGAAGGAAAGAGUCAAUGUUGCCUCUCUGAUUUCAGUCUGUCUACAAACUCAAAUGGAGUAUGCCACAGAAAUUUUAAAAACACUGCUGGCAGAACUCAUAGAGAAAACAAUAGAAAAUCCAAAAGUGAAUCCAAAGAUUUUAUUACGAAGAAACGAAUCUGUUGCUGAGAAAAUGUUAACAAAUUGGUUUACAUUCCUACUGUAUAAAUUUUUGAAGGAAUGUGCAGGAGAGCCUCUGUUUAUGCUGUAUGGUGCUAUCAAACAGCAAGUCUCUAAGGGCCCGGUGGAUGCAGUGACAAGUGAAGCCCGCUACUCUCUGAGUGAAGACAAACUCAUUAGGCAGCAUGUUAACUAUAAAGCUUUGGUGUUGAAUGUGAUGGAUGUUGAUGUGGACAGGUGCUCCCAGCCUGCUCAUCCUGUCAAAGUGCUGGACUGUGACACAAUCUCUCAGGUCAAAGAGAAAAUCUUGGAUGCUCUUUAUAGAUCAGCUCCCUUCAGUAGCCGACCUCCCAAAGAAGAAUUAGAUCUUGUGUUGUUUGAUCAUCCAUCAGAGUGGAUAGCAGGGGAUAGGUCGCAUGUUCCACUGAAAAUCUUUCCUAAUAGAGAUACAAAACACUUGGUGCUUAGUGACGAUGAUCACACAACAAAAUCUGAGGGAGAUUGCAAGCCCCUCAACACACUCAGCCAUUACAAG